AUGCGGAAGGCCUUCGCUGCGGCGGCCAUCGACGGUACGGCGCGAGAUGUCGCGGCGCUGUGUGCCCGUGAAGCAGUGAAGGGCUUUCUGGAGAAGGCCAAGGCCCAAGAACCUCAAGCUGAGGCGUCCUCAGGUGAGCACGAACGGGAAGUUGCAGCUGCAUGUGCUCGAGUGGUUGUUGCUCGCUAUGUGGAGAAGGCAUCUCUGGAGGUCAAGACAGCGAAGCUGGUUUGCUCUGAGGGACCUGGACGAGAGGAAGCUGCUGCUUGUGCAAGGGUAGCUGUGGCGAGCUGGACAGCCAAGGCAUCCGAGGCUGCCAGAAGGGAAGGCCCGGAGGGAAAGGUGGCUGCGGCGUGUGCUCGUGUGGCAGUCGCCCGGUACGUCGAAAAGGCGAAGGAAGCGGUUCGAUCGCAAGGCGAAAGUCAAGAGAAGGCGGAACGGGAUCGAGUGCCCGAGUUUGUGAAGCGACACGAGGGUAAGGCUUUUGAGGAAGCACUCGCUCAAGGUGAUGAGCGACAGGUUGCUGCUCUUUGUGCACGAUAUGCAGUGAAGCAGUUCGUGGCGCAGGCCUCCGAUGUGGUUCGUCAGCAAGGCACGCCGCCUGCGUCUGUGCAGAGCACGGUCGAGAAGGUUCAUUCAUCUGUGGUGAAAGCGGCGAACCACCUUGCUGCGGCUGCCCAGGCGACUGUCGAGAACCUCGAAGGCUUGGUUUCCGAUUGCGAAGAUCCUGCGAAUGCAAAUUCUGAAGAAGGAGUCGAGUCACCGCGUGGCACAAGAAGUCCGAUGAAGCCCGACGGUGUUGCCCCGAAGAAGAAGCGGCCAGCUCCGAAGUUGAAGGGGGCGGGCCCAACUCACGUCCCGCUGGCGCAGAUGGAGCCUUGGACAGCGCCACCUUCUCCGCAAACCUUGCUGGCAGAACUGGCCCUCCCGCCGCCAAAGAAGGAGAAGGCCCAGGCCAAGAUCCGGCCCUACGACGUUGAGGAGGAGCGAAAGCGAGACGUGGAGCUGCUACAGCAAAGGCACCAGGAAAACCUUCAGCGCCAGAGGCAGGUGCAGCAGGAGCUGCGGACCCAGCACCAGCAAAGCUUCGUGCGGGAUGUCAGUGGGCAGACCAGUCUGGCUCCACAAGGAUCAUCUCGGGAUUGGCGUCCGCGUGUCAGUGCAGAACCACAGCCGCCAAAGCCCAAGAAAGGCCGUGCAGGUGUGCGAGCCAGCUCCUCUCGUCAAAGCCGGUUCAAGCCAAGCGAGGCGGAGACCACGUGCACGCUGUCUGCCUCUGACUGGGCCAUCUCCAAGGAUGCCGCGGCUCUUCCGGAGAACCUGUUGGCUGCCCUGGCUGAGAUGGAGGCAGAUGUGCCACGAUCCGUCGUUGACGAUCCAGUAUUGCGUGCAUACCUCGCUGUCUACAAAUCGACAGUGUGUAAGCGCGGAGGAGAAGACGAUGACACACGAGGAGCUGGCGAGCUCGCCCUCCCCGAGGGACAGAGUCCGUGUGGGUCACGAGAUGGCAGCAAAAGGCGAGCAAAGAGUGCAGCAAGCAGGCUGUCGAAGGCGAAGGGAGCCGCAUGGCUCCAGCCUGGCCUCAUGUCUUGGCAAGACCGGGGGAAGGCCUGGUUCUGGCCGCGAAAGGGAGCUGUGCCUCCAAUGGAGACAGCCGUGCUUGCCCUGCUGAAUGGCCAGCCUCCUCCUAUCGAAGCUACAGCUCAGGCCGCUGCUGCGGCACGCCAGCAAUUUGCUUUGUAUCAUGGCAGCAUACUUGUUGGCACCUGGAGCUUCUGGCUCCUUUUCAUCACGUGCCAUCAGCUCGUCGGAGUCUCCGAGCUUGUCAGUACGACUUCCGAACUCAAUAUGGUGCUGUCGAACCUGCGAGUGUCCCCGGCAACGGUUGGACAGUGGAUGUUGACUUCGGCUUCCAAAGAGAGACAUAUCCUCUGCCCGGAGGACGUUGUGAAGCUCUUCACGGUGCGGACGUCACAAUCCUUCUGUCUACGCCUGGCACAGGGAGUCCUUGCCAAGUUCGACAGAGUUUGGUUCAAUGAGUACUUGGUGCGCACCAUCAACAACCAGUCUUAUGCAAUCCGGCAGAAGACGAAGGAUGACAUACUAGUCUCGUGGAGAUAUCUUUGCGAACGUUCUCGGGCAGUUGAGCUCGAAGGCCGGAAUCAUGUUCUGGUCACACGGGUCAACGACCUGGAGGCCAAGAUGGUGGCGACCCAGGAAGACCUGGAGGAAGCGGCUCGGCAGUGGGAGGAGCAGCGCAGUGCUCUGGAAGCCGAUCGGGAUGAGUAUAAGCGCCUCUACGAGAAGUUCCUAGCGGCCCACGAGCGUGCGAUGGCAGAGCUGGAGGAGUCGCAGGGCACGGCCGAGGACCAGGCCAAGAAGCUACAGGUCCUGACUCUAGAGAAGCAUCGCCUCACGGACAAGGUGGAGGAGCUGGAAGAUGACAAGAAGCGAAUGUCCAAGCAGCUGGCAGAACUACGGGACGAGGUGGCCAAGCUGAAAGCAGAGUUGCGGAGGCUGGGUGCUCAGCUUCGUGAGGGUGAGGUGGCUCUGCUCCUAGCCCGCUCGGAUGCGCAGCAGCUCCGGGCAGACGCGAGGAGUUUGGAGGACGUGGUCCCCCUCGAGAGUGAUGGGCCAGCAAGGCCCUCCCAGCGGCGACUUCUCCAGGAAAGCGGCCGUCGAGAGGCAGAGUUGCUGGAUCUGCUUCUGGCUGCAGAGACUACGGCAGAUGCACGGCUGAAGCGUCUGCUUGAGCUCGAGGGUCCUGGAAAUGAGCCUGAUGCAGAGGAGGAGCCAGCAGGUAUGAAGCCAGCUUCGGAAAUAGGUGUUCUGCCAGCAGAGCGGCGAUUGCGCAGACAUGUCGAGAAAGAGCGAGAUGAGCUUCUUACGUUUGCCAGAGAUCUGGACACGGAGCUCGUGAAGGUUAAAACGGAAUGCUACCACACCGUCCGGGAGAUCAAGCAGAAGUGUGCGCAGGAGCUCGAGGACUUCAAGACCACAGAGCUUGCCAAAGUAAAAGCCGACUUCCAGGCGAAGAUCGACGAAAUCACUCGUCAGCGUGACAUGCUCCAGAAGGAAGUUGAGUUGGGGGAGUCCGUCGCUCCGCACUUGCCGACGCUGAACCCGCUGGUCUCGCAGGACCCUUCCAGAAUUUGCGGUGUUUGUCGACGCACAAUCGUUUUCGAAGGUGCUCUGAAGGUGUAUCCUCAGAAAAUCCGUCAGGUCAAGAAAGGAUUGCCGGCCAUGCUGAAGGGUGGUGUUUUGGUGAUCAUGGACGUCAUGAACAAGGAGCAGGCAAAGAUAGCAGAGGAAGCAGGAGCUUGUGCCGUCAUGGCUUUGGAACGCAUCCCAGCGGACAUCCGCCAGAGCAAGGGCGUUGCCCGCAUGUCGGAUCCGAAGAUGAUCAAGGAAAUCGUCAACUCGGUGUCUAUCCCUGUGAUGGCCAAAUGCAGGAUUGGCCAUUUUGUCGAAUCCCAGGUCCUGCAGCAGAUUGGUGUCGAUUGCAUCGACGAGAGCGAAGUCCUGACUGUCGCCGACGAGGGCAACCAUGUCAACAAGACGAAGUUCAAGGUGCCUUUCGUGUGCGGCUGCCGAAACUUGGGCGAGGCGCUGCGCCGCAUCGCCGAAGGCGCCAGCAUGAUCCGCACGAAGGGUGAGGCCGGAACCGGCGACGUCGUGGAGGCGGUGCGCCACAUCCGCACGCUGCACAAGGAGAUGCGAAUGGUGCAGAUGAUGGAUGACGACGAGCUCUUCACCUACGCCAAGGAGAUUGGUGCUCCCAUCGACCUCUUGCAGCAGGUCAAGAAGACAGGAAAGCUGCCAGUUGUGAACUUCGCGGCUGGUGGGGUUGCCACUCCAGCAGAUGCUGCCUUGUGCAUGCAGCUUGGAGUCGAUGGCGUGUUCGUGGGUAGUGGCAUCUUCAAGUCGUCCGAUCCGGCCAAGCGUGCCCGGGCCAUCGUGAAGGCCGUCACGCACUACAACGAUCCUCAGGUGGUGGCCGAGGUCUCGGAGGAUCUGGGAGAGGCAAUGACGGGUAUCAACUGCGAUGGCCUUGUAACACGCUUUGCGGACAGGGAGGGUGGCAACAUGCCUGCGGCCAAGAAGGCCAGGAUGGAGUCUUACGGAGACCACAAAGGCCUUGCAGGCACGGCUUUCUGA